GUGCGUGUGUGACUGCACCGAAAAAAAACUGGUUAAGAUUCUUCAACGAAAAAAGAAAAUGAAGACGCGAACGCGUAAUGUCGAGCUGAUUUAACGAUUCUAUUGUUGUUAACUGCCGAAGUAAGUUAACUGGAUUUAGACAACAUCCGUUAUGGGAAUAAGAAAAGUAAAAUUAGUUAUAUUUACACUUGCAGUAAGAGCUUAAAAGCUGCCUGCAGCAACUGCAAGCUAAUGCCAAAAAAAUGUGACAGAUUUGUUUACAAAUUUAUUUUUUUAUUUAUACGUUAAAAAAAAAAUGAAAACAAAUAAUGUAUUCAUUACUUAACAAAGUCUAUUCAUAUAAUACAGAUUCCAUAUAUUUAUAUACAGAUAUAAUAUUAAGUUAGCGCUGGGUGUUUGGUUCUUUUUUUUUUUUUUCAUUAUUCUAAGAUCGUCGUUGGUAGGUGUGUGUGCUGAGUAAAUUCGAACCUGCGUAUUGAUUAUGUGAGGGAGCCAUGUGACGUGUGAGGGCCCAGGAUGUGAAAUCAGUGGAAAAUGUGAAUCCGUCGCCAUAUUGCUUUUUCACGUCUUCUCUGCGCACGGCCCAAAACAAACGUGAAAGGCCAUGUGUUAGAAAAAUUUCAACCGGGACCUUCAAAUGUAAAUAAUUUGGGUCAUGAUGAGAAUAUAUAUAAUAGAUACACAAACUUGCUAUAUACCCGCAUUUCAAUUUUGUCUGCAGCAUAGGGACCUAUCCAACGCAACAAACUAAGCACAGCGAUCCCGUUUUGAUAUUUCGGAGUAUUCUAACGAACAUGUUUCUUCUUUUUAUUGGAAAAUUCCAAGCAAGAACAUAGCAAAAUCUCAUUAUUUACAUUGCAGUCCACACCUUCAUUUUCCCCAACUUCUCUAUUUGUUUUAUUUUGCGAAAAAAAAAAACAAAAAAAAAACAACAAGAAAAAAACGUUAAUAAUAAUAAUAAUUGAUUGUUUAAUUAAUUUUGGAGAGGAUGUGAAUUGAUGUUUAGAAGAAAAAAAAUUCAAUCUGUUUCAUUUUUUUUUCUUUUAUUUAAAUAAUUUGAACACAUUUUUUUUUAUCUUUUCAUUAAUGUCUUUUAUUUGUUAGUUGAAGAAAAAGAAAAAUAUUCUCCAAGCGUGUUAAUUUGUCUUACAUUGAACAUUUUCUUUACGACUAAGCUGUGACAAUGUGCCCGGUAUUCACUGGAAAGUAUUGCAUCUUAUGUUUUCUCUUCUGUUUGCUUCUGUCGCCUUCUUCUCCCAGUAAAUCGGAGAAAACCCGGCUUUUACCACCACCACCGUCACCAAAUACGACACCGCCACCACAAUCAUCGCAUAAUGCCAGACAUGAAGAUAAUUACAAGCAAAAAAGUACCCCAUCUUAUGAGAAAACUAGUCUUCAUUUCGAAUCCGAACACCAGAUCUCCCUACCCCAUAGUAGGAACACUACUUUACACUACAUAAAGAUUCUUUUUGACAAAUACGGCGAAGCCGACACUUUGACAUUAGACGGUUUGAAACUCUUACUUUCCAGCCUCGGCCUUCAAACUGGCCAGAAUGUCUCCGAUUUGUUGUCCUCAACUUCCAAGUCUUCUGUCCCCUCGAAUCCAUCUUUUCUUCAUUCUUCGAAAGCUUCCACGGAAGGGCUGAAUUCUGUUCAAGGUGCUCGCUCCAGGAGACACGUAUCUAGUCACAUAUCAACUUCUGAUUCCAACAACAAUGGGAAAAACAACCGUCCAUCAUCAGCGUGUAUGUCGUUGACCGACUAUCUGUCUACUUUCCAUUUCACUAACACCAAUAAAUUGACUUCAGAACAGUUUAUCAGUCUAUGCCCAGCUUUACUUCAGCAGCUUGAUAGCAAAGUCUGUAACCAUAGUGAACACAAUCAUCAACAUCAACACCACGAUGACCAUAAUCAUGAACACACGGGACACACGGAUGCUACUAGUCAUGAACACAACAACACAUGUCCAACACGAAGUGUUAGCAAUAUACCUUAUGAAGUUUGGCUGUGGAGUUUCUUAGCAGUUCUUGGUAUCAGCUCUGUUGGGUUAUUUGGUGUUUGUUUAAUUCCGUUUAUGCAGAGAGUGUUUUAUAACCAUCUGCUUCAGUGGUUGGUAGCAGUAGCUAUUGGAGCACUCUCCGGUGAUGCACUUCUUCACUUACUACCUCAUGCUUUAGUAAAUAACCACAAUCACAGUCAGUGUGAAGAAUCUCAUUCUGUUCCUCAUGAUAGAAGUUCCAUUUUAAAAGGAAUGGUUGGAUUGCUUGGAAUUGUUGUUUUUUUCAUUAUGGAAAGAGUUAUGACAAUUGUUACAUUAAUGCGUACUGAAAAAAGAAAUAAGAAGAAGAAGCGAAACUGCUCCCAUGUUUCAACUAUUUCAGAAGGAGACUCUAGUAUUGGAAACAAAUUAAGCUCUCAUCGUAGCCGCAGUUCACACUAUCAAUCUUGCGAAGAUGUUGUUAUGAUGGUACACCCUAACAGAGCAUUAAAAGACUUGGCUGAAGAUAGCCAUGCUGAUAUGAUAGAAUGUAACCAACAGCAGGUUCAGCAGUCAGAUGAAGAACACACAACAAUGAUGUCCCCAUCACAUGGUCCGAAUAACCAAAAUACCUCCAAUUUUUACCAGCAACAUGGCCAUUCUCAUGUCCCCUGCAUUGAUGCAGAUGGCCACAAUAUUCCUGCAAUGGCUUGGAUUGUUGUUAUUGGUGAUGGUAUCCAUAACUUGUGUGACGGUCUAGCAAUUGGGGCUGCUUUUGGUUUCAGUACAACAGUAGGAUGCAGCACAGCCAUAGCUGUACUUUGUCAUGAACUACCUCAUGAAAUAGGAGAUUUUGCAGUAUUACUGAGGGCUGGCAUGAGUCUUCGUAAAGCCAUAACCUACAACAUUAUUUCUUCUGUGCUCUGCCUUUUUGGAAUGAUAAUUGGAGUGUUACUUGGUAAUAUAAAUUCAGUCACAGUUUGGAUUUUUGCAGCUGUCGGAGGCAUGUUUCUUUAUAUUGCUUUAGUUGACAUGUUGCCUGAAAUUUCUUCUGUUGAAACUCGGGAAGGAGAGCAUCCUUUUCUACAUUUGUUCAUCCAAUGUUUAGGAUUGCUGUUUGGUUCUGGCAUUAUGUGGUUGAUUGCAUAUUAUGAACACGAUCUAAUCAAUGCAUUCUAAGCUAUUUCUUAUUUCCUCUCUACUCUCUAAAAACCUGUCUCUUUGACCGUUCUACAUCUCCCCCCCUCAACACCCACUUCUUCGGUUCCUUGAUAUUAGAAAUGCCGGUGCUAAAUUCCCCUCUUUGAGGUGAUGGAGAAAUGCUGUUAUUUAAAGUGCAUCAGCAUUGAAAUAUUCUCUUUGUGCUGUUUGGCAUGCAACAACAUAACCUACAGAUCAAAGCAAAUAUGAGAGAGAGUGGACCCUGUCUUGAACCCUCCUUUCUCUCUUUUCUCUUGCUUGUUAAAUGAGAUUUUAAUAUUUUUAUCCUGGUUCUAUACUUGCUUCUCAUUAGAUUAUUUUAAAUAUUCUCAUUCUGGUGAUGUGGUCUUUUGGCUUAUUAGAGUAUGAAUGUUUUUUUUUUUUUUUAUCCCAUCUCCACAAACAUACCUAAUUCAUGUAAACAAUACGAUGGAUUUUGUUUUCCAUUCCAUGCUUGUUAUGCUGGGUUGAAAACAAAAUUUCUUUUUCUCAGAAUUACCAGCUUUUCUAAUUUAAUUACCUCAAUCUCACAUCCUCUCUUUAUCUCAUUUACUAAAAUCAUUUGUCACUAAAUACAUGCUUCUGCUGAUAUCAUCAUCACCACCAUCAAUCACAACAACCAUCAUCAUCAUCAGUAAUAUUAUGAUUUUUACUUACAUUUUAAAAAUGUUUCUGCAAGCUGUUCAUUAGAAGAGAUUGGGAAUGGACCAAAGAUUUACUAAAAUUCUGUUCAUCAUGUUGGUUUAACAGAAAAAUACCCAAUGACACUUCAUGACUUAUUUUUCCAAAUAAUUUUUAAGCGUUCUGUUAUCUAUUAUAAAACUUUUAACUAGAAAAUAUCAUUAGUUAUACAAUUCUAUGAAAUGAUGUUUUAUUUAUUAGCUCAAUACUUUUGUUUUUAAUCCAUUAAUUAUUAGUUUGGGAUCCCGUCCCCGAGUGCAAGAUAUCCAAAGCUUUCUUUUUUUUUUUUUUUUCUGUGUCUUUGAGGGUUUUCUUUAUAACUAGUCAACUUCAUUUGUGAUAACUUAUUUCACAUCCCAACAUACUAUAGUCAUGAAAUUCUCCACCUUUUUUAUAUUCAUGUAACUCUAUACUUUUUCUUUCUUUCCUUCUUUCUUUUUUUUUUGUGAGCAGAAAGAUUCUUUUUUUUUUUUUUCUUUUCUCAAACUGAUAUUGAGUAAAUGAGUUCAAUGAAGAGAGAUUUCCAGACAGUAAUUAUGCUACUUUGGUACCUGCAAAGCAACAUUGUCUUUGGUUUGCAUUUACCUGCUGCAGGGCAUUAUAAGCUUCAUACAAUGCUGGUUUUAUAAGUUGAACGAGCAACGAAGGACGGAAAACUCAAGAAUCCAGAUGGUCUCCAUUGUCUGCUUUGUUUUUAUCAAUGUCUGACAGAGAACUAGAUUUUGGUUUUCACUUUAAAAAAUUUUUUUUUUUUUUUUUGCUUUAAAUAAUGACUUAGAAUUAGACAUUAUUAUUAAACAAAUAUGUUUUAAAUACAGAUAUAGUCACAUUCGUCUUAACACAUUUCUCUGGUUUCUUGCCAUAGCAGAAAUGUAUGUAUAUAUUUGUGUAUGUGAGUGUAUUGGUCUUCUUUCUUUCUUUUUUUUUUUUUCUUUUAAGGAUUUAUCUGGGACUGAACAAAUAAUGUUUAUUUUACCAAUUAAGUGUGGAUACAAACACAAAUGACUGUGAGAGAGUAACUGGUUGGCAUCAAACCUAUGUCUCCUAGAAGAUAUAGAUUCUCUUACCACCAGGGACAUUUCUUCAGAAAUAUAAACAUGUAUGUUUGUGUGUAUACAUGUAUGUAUAAAUUAUUUGUUUUUUUAUUGCCCAUGAAAAGUAUGAAAGCACAAUUUAAACGUUAAUAAUGAAUAACUGGUGACAUUAAUUUUCAUAUUAAACCUACAUUGACGAUGCUGGUAAUAUGAAAAGGAGACCUUUUAUUUUAAAGAAAUAAGGGGCAGUAAUGCUGGUCAAGGAUAUUAAACUAAAUAUCGUACCCUUUCAUCAACAAUAAUUUGGUUUUAGUGCCGAAAGUUAGAAAACCAUAUUUUAAGGGAUUGUUUUAGAAUAGCUUUAAAUUACAACACACUACCAUCAACGUUUUGGAAUACAUGAUGUUUGUGUUGACAGGGAAAAUUAUCAUUCUAAUGUACAAAUAAGAGUUUAUUAACUUGAGAUCAGGCAUUCCUUUUGAGUCAGCUUGGAGAUAAAACAAAGUUAAUUUGUUUUGUUGGUUUUAUUUUUUUCGUAGUUUAAAAGGCUAUUUACAGGUAGAUGUUUAGAUGUUUAUAUUAUUAUUAAUGUUUUUAAAGACAGCAGAUGAUAAAUUUGGUUGGGCAGCAAACAAAAAUGUUCUGUAUUAGGUUCAUUUAUAUUCUUUGUUUGACUUUGCUUUUCGUCUUUCCAGGUUUGAUUAAAUAAAAUACCAGACAAAUACUGGAAUCAGUUUAGUCAAGUAACCCCUUCCCUUAAAAUUUGUGGCUUUGUGCCUCUAAGAAACAAUGUUUUUUAUUAGUACUACUACUAUUAUGAUGUGUAUGUAUAUAUGUGUAUAUAUCUGUACAUCUAAUUAUAGUUGCAAGUUUUAUUAUUAAUAUAAAAAGCAAGAUGAGUACCUAUAGUAGUUAUAGACUGUCUCAGGAUGAAAGACAGGCUGGUGGUAUCUGUACAUUUAGCAUUCAGGUUGAGGGAUAAUUUAAGCAGAGAGAGAAUUCCAGAGGUAUAUAGUUCUAGUGCAGGGAGAGGAAUCGGAAAAGCUCGAGCAGAGAGGUAGCCCCACUGGUAUGUAAUAUUAGUGCAGGGACAAGAUUCAGCGAAUGUGUUUAGUACAGAAUCCAGGAGAGAAAAACUGAGUAUGUAUGGCUGGGGAAAAGUGGAGAGAAACUGUUGUAUGGGUUGAGGUGAGGAUGGUAAAAUUAAAUUCCAAGAAGGAGGGCAAAAGCAGAAGAAGAGACAGAGAGAAGACACACUUUGUGUUCGAUAGCCAGUGUUUGAGUAAACUCUUAUUGUCAGACAGCAAUUUUUCUUAAAUGCCGUCUACAACCUCAAACAUGAAUGGUGGUUAUAAAGUGAAGCAUAUUUGGCCUUCUUAAGCACACAUAUAUGUGGAUGUGUGCAUCAUCAUAUAUAUAUAUAUAUAUAUAUAUAUAAAUUUAUAUAUAUAUAUAAUUUUAUUAGUUGCUGUUAAGUACUCAGGCAAGCUAAUAUAUGUUAUAUGUGCAUGUUAAAUGAUUCUGCUCAGUACACAUUUCAUAAGAAUGUAUACUUUAUUUUUCUACUAAUAAGGACAUGAUAAUACUUUUCUGCAUAUAUCAAACCUAAAUCAAGCAGUUAAUUAUGAUUCUUUUAUCAGUCCUUCUUGUUCUCAAAGAACUCUCUUUUCUUCAUAAAAUUGAUGCUUAUAAAAAAAAAAAAAUGAAUAAAUAAACCAAAAUUAUAACAAUGCUCCAAUAAACUGUAAUAAAAAAAUAUAUAUUUUGUUUUUAAAGUGUUGUAAAAUAUUUUAAAGGACAUUUAUAUAUAAUUAUGUUUAAACAAAUUGUGUAUUUUAUUAUUUUUUAAAUUAAAUUCUGCUCCUCUAACAUAAGCUUCUAUCCACGUUACUCUUCCUUUAAAGAACAACAUUCAUUCGCAAAUGUGGUGAAUGUUUUUAUUUUCACAAGUCAUACAGAAAUUCUAAGAUUGUCUUAACUUCACACUGCUUAACAUUUUUUUUAAUUUAAGAAGACUUAUUUGUUGUUUGCAGAUUUUAUGUUUCUAAAAAAAGGAAUCCUAUUUAAUCUAUUUCUAACGACACUAAAAUUAGAUAAGCUUUUUUUUUUUUUUAUUUUACUCUUGUAUUAAUUUGUUCAUUAUUCUAGACUAGAAUUCAGUUAAAAUCAUUGUAAUUUUCUUCCCUUCAGGUUUUGCUGUUAAGAGAGAUAUGGUGUAGGUUCAUGGCUCCUUGUCAACUAUUGAUGUGUGUGUGUGUGUGUGUGUGUGCGUUAAGAAAUGUUACUUUUCCAGUC